GUUCCUCCUAUUUCAGAGUACAUCCAGGACGCACGUUGCAAGCUGCCAUUAGAUCAGGGUCCUUGCAGGACAUACAUAAUAAAAUGGUAUUAUGACAAACAAGCCAAUUCCUGUGCCCAGUUCUGGUAUGGAGGCUGCAGUGGUGGUAAUGGUAAUCGCUUUGAUACAGAAGAAGAAUGUAAAAAGUCCUGUGUUUACUCCCUAGAUGGAGGUAAUUGA